AGCUGAGAAAAAGUAACUUGCGUCUGAGUUGAAGAAUUUCGUUGAGCUAUGUUUAUGUUUCCAAACUGUUUUGCCUGGAGUCUUGCACUAAUUGUCACAUGGGCUUUGGCAUUGGCUCAUUUUGGAUGAUGACAAGACCUGCCAUGGUGAGCCUUCGUAGACGCAAGCUCUUAGGAUUGUGCUUUGGUAUUUCCAAUUUCUUUCUCGAUUAUCUCAUUGUUUUUGUCGUUGCAAAUUCAUUCUUAUGUAUAUUUGUGGACAUCGAUUUCUAUCAUUGUCCAGGAACCAGUUUGGAAACUGGCCCUGGUUCGUCAAACAUAUCUGCUGCUUCGAGUGCAUCACUUCAGCCUUUUCCUGAGGUGAAACGAAGAAAGAGACACAGAAGGAAGCAUGUAGAAAACCAAGAACCAUGCAUCAUGAGAGGAGUCUAUUUCAAGAAUUUGAAAUGGCAAGCUGCCAUUAAAGUUGACAAGAAACAGAUCCAUUUAGGAACUGUAGGCUCCCAGGAAGAGGCCGCUCGAGUUUAUGACAGGGCUGCAUUCAUGUGUGGAAGAGAGCCCAACUUUGAACUUUCCGAGGAAGAAAAGCAGGAGCUCAGGAAAUUGAACUGGGACGAAUUCUUAGCCAUCACGCGCUCCGCCAUCACCAACAAGAAAAGCCAGAGACGUAGUGGGACUGGGCCGCGGAGGAAGCUUCUAGACAACGACUGUGAGGGCGAGGAGCAAGGACGCAGUGGUCCAUCAGCUUCUGAAGAUGAUAUGUUAGCACCAUAACCCCCCAUUGAUCACCUUCUUUGCCACUUUUUUUUCCUUCUUUUUCUUAUAUAUACAUAUAUUUUGGCUUAAGGCUAAAGAGUUUAUUCGGUUCUUGGUAUAUAAGCGCCCCUAUUAGGGCAGAUUCCGCAAGGAAAAGAUGCAUCAUUUUGCUGUAACAUCAUCAUUGUUUAUCAUCUCUUAUCUCAGAAUUAUUAAGGUGAUUGCAAAUUUUAAGGUAGCAUGAACAUGUGCAAAAUGUUCAUGAUCUUGUUUUUA